GCGCCAUCUGCCAUAUUAUGAAAGUACUUCAAAAUUUGACAUUUACAAGUCAACAAUUUUUGCAAGUUGUGUUCGUUUGAAAUAAUUCCAACAGUUUUAGUUUAAACGUAUUUAAACAAUGUCGAUUUUGUCGUACAAUGGGGGCGCCCUGAUAGCAAUGAAGGGGGACAACUGCGUGUCGAUAGCGGCGGACAAACGUUUCGGCAUCCAGGCCCAAACGAUAUCGACCAACUUCAAAAAGAUCUUCGAAAUGGGCCCCCGAUUGUACGUCGGCCUACCAGGCCUCGCCACCGACACGCAGACCGUGAUGGAGAAGCUGCGCUUCCGCAAGAACCUCUACGAAUUGAAGGAGGGCAGAACAAUGUCACCGAAAGUGUUCAGUGCCAUGCUCUCGAACAUGCUGUAUGAAAAGCGUUUCGGCCCCUUCUUCGUCGAGCCCCUGAUCGCCGGCCUCGAUCCUAACACGUUCGAACCGUUUAUAUGCAACAUGGACCUGAUCGGGUGUCCCAAUCAGCCUGAUGAUUUUGUAGUAGGUGGCACAGCCUCUGCACAGCUCUAUGGUAUGUGUGAAGCUUUGUGGGAGCCCAACUUGUCGCCUGAUGACCUCUUUGAGACCACCUCACAGGCUUUGAUCAAUGCGUUCGAUCGUGAUGCCAUUUCUGGUUGGGGUGCAACUGUUUACAUCAUUGAAAAGGACAAGGUUACAGUAAGGGAAUUGAAGACACGCCAGGAUUAAUUUAAGUUUAAUUUAAGUACUAUUUUUUUAUUGUAUUAAAAUGUAUAAUAAAACGA